UGACUUCUGCGUUAACUUCGAAGCUAAACACUCAAUAUUGUACAAAAUAUUAUUCUCCUGCCUGAAAUCCAACAAUCUUUGACAAACAUGAUUAAAAGCCAACGCAUACAAAGCACCAAAACUCUAGCACAAAAUUAUUUAAGCCACAAUUAUAAAUUUAAGCGUAAACUCUUGAAACAUCAUUUUAACCAGUUUCAAAACUUUUCGGCCCACUACGACCCACAAAAUUCCUAGUAGAGAAUGUCAAAGUUUUGCAGUAGUCUCCACUCCAAUCGCAGCGGUAGCCGGAAACCACCAUGGAGCGAUUGGUGUGAGCGUAACUCGAGGCCCAAGCCCAGGUUUCUGCCGCCUGCCCGACCGGAGCCGACGCGUUGGCAAAAGCCCGGCCCAAUGAGACGCCAGGACUGGAUCAAGUUUUACAAAUGGGCGAUGGUGAAUGCCCAGCCAGUGGAGUUUGUCCUCCCACCAGAGGAGCACCACUCUGAAAGGCCAAGAGCCCAAUGCAGUGAAGAGACGCUAGUCAAGCCAACAUCUUUGGCCACAUUAAGCACACCGCGUUGGCCGCGUCAAAAGGUUGAACCCUCCUGUCCACAAGACUAUCCCUAUCGACCUGUUCAGAGUGCAAAGAACCUGCGACCUCGUCGUCCCGAGCCCACACGGCCAGUUUGUAAGCCUGUGGUACCCUGUUGUUUCCAGCACGAGGAGCUCGAGGCCGAUUUCUGGUCAGAGUUGCGUUUCCCCGUCUCGAAACGUGCCCAACAUGCAACGGCCUCCAAAAGAAUCGUAAAACUGGCCAAGCCCAAACAGUAUCCAACGAAACCUCUACACGAACAGUGUAUUCCAAAGAAGGAGGAGGUGAAAAUGCCGAAACGGAAACGCAUGAACUCCCGGCAAUGGCGGGAUCAUCAACAGCGACUCCAAUAUCUGUCCAAGCCAAAUGCUCGUGUCUUGGCCGAGCUGGCUGAAAUGUAUGGCGAGUGCGAGGAAGAUUCCUAUUGUGAUGAGUAUGAUCCGUAUGAAUGUUGUUACAACUAAGUUCUGCGGAAAUUAGCAAGUAGCGCUACCUUGUUAAGCAAUUUCCCCAAUCACUUUUGAUAUGAGUGUGAAGGAGCAAAUUGUUUUGCAGUGUAGCGUCGCUUGCUUAUGGAUUUGCUGCCACACUAGACAUUUUUAAUAUUUUAGUACACUUCGUUUCUUUUUUUAAUAAAUACGGACAGUUUUAAUACAA